AUGCCCAUAACAUCGUCUAACCAGCAAUUGCGCGCGGCCAGGCUCAAAGAUCCCUCCAAAAAGUACAGGAAAUUCCCGACUGUAAACCUACCUGAUCGCCAAUGGCCUUCCAAGACCAUUGACAAGGCUCCGAGAUGGCUGGCCACCGACCUCAGAGACGGUAACCAGAGCUUGCCAGACCCAAUGACUGGCGAGGAGAAAUGGACCUACUUCAAGAUGCUCUGCGACAUCGGCUACAAGGAGAUCGAGGUGUCCUUCCCCUCGGCGUCGCAAACCGACUACGACUUCACCCGCCGCCUGAUCGAGACCCCUGGGGCUGUCCCCGACGACGUCUGGCUGCAAGUCCUCUCCCCCUGCCGCGAAGACCUCAUCCGCCGCACAAUCGAGUCUCUCAAGGGCGCCAAGAAGGCCAUUGUACACAUAUAUCUCGCUACCAGCGAGUGCUUCCGCAGGAUAGUGUUCGGCUUCACCGAGGAUGAGUCGGUAGAGCUGGCGAAGAAGUGCACGCGUCUGGUCAGGUCCUUGACCAAGGACGACCCCAGUGCGCAAGGGACCGAGUGGGCAUUCGAGUUUAGCCCGGAGACAUUCUCUGAUACCAAUUCGGACUUUGUCAUCAGGAUUUGUGAGGCUGUUAAGGCGGAGUGGGAGCCCUCGGAGGAAAAUCCGAUCAUCUUCAACCUCCCCGCGACGGUAGAGAUGUCCACGCCUAACGUCUACGCCGACCAGAUCGAGUACUUCUGCAGAAAUGUCACCGAACGCGAGAAGAUCGCCGUAUCCCUUCACCCGCACAAUGACCGCGGAUGUGCUGUCGCCGCGGCCGAGUUGGCACAGAUGGCGGGUGCUGACAGAGUAGAAGGCUGCCUAUUUGGCAAUGGAGAGCGAACAGGCAAUGUCGAUCUGGUGACUCUAGCGCUUAACCUCUAUACACAGGGCGUCUCGCCGGACGUCGACUUCUCAGACCUCGAGAGGGUUAUCGGCACGGUAGAAGUCUGCAACAAGAUCCCCGUACACCCACGUGCUCCCUACGGAGGCUCUCUGGUCGUCUGCGCAUUCAGCGGCUCUCACCAGGACGCGAUCAAGAAGGGCUUCCAGGUACGCGAGAAGGAGGGCAAGGAGUACGACGACUACUGGCAGGUCCCAUAUCUGCCUCUCGACCCCAAGGACAUCGGCCGCGACUACCAGGCCGUCAUCCGGGUCAAUUCGCAGAGCGGCAAGGGCGGCGCGGCCUGGAUCAUCCAGCAGUACCUGCACCUCGACCUGCCGCGCGGCCUGCAAGUCGAGUUCAGCCGCGUGGUGCAGCGCAUGGCUGAGCAGCGCGGGCGCGAGCUGCUCCCCGUCGAGAUCACCAAGCUGUUCGAGCAGACGUACUUCCUGCGCGAGAACCACCCGCGCUUCACCAUCGUCGACUACAACAUCACGCCGGACCGCUCGCGCAGCCCCGCGCCGCCCGUGCCCGGCAAGACGCCCGACACCAAGAACCUUGCGCGUGUCUUUGAGGGCGUCAUCGCCGUCGACGGCAAGGAGUACAACCUGCGCGGCCGCGGAAACGGCCCGCUGUCCAGCUUGGCCAACGCCCUCAAGGAGGUGGGCGUCGACAUCGAGGUCGCCAACUACAUCGAGCACUCGGUCGGCAAGGGCAGCGACGUCAAGGCGGCCUCGUACAUUGAGUGCACGACGCCGCACAGCCAGCAGAAGGUCUGGGGCGUGGGCAUCCACGAGGACGUGGCGCAGAGCUCUCUGAUUGCGCUGUUAAGCGCUGCUAGUAACUUCGUCGUGAGCCGGCCCACGAGCCCGAUCUUCGCAAAGCCCAUCCCGAAGCGGUCGCCUAGCCAGGAGUUGGAUCUGAAUGGCUCUGCAAAGCACGCCAAGGAGAACGGGGCGGCGAACGGCACCGACAUCAUCAACCGCCUGGAGGCGACGGCGGAUGAGAUGUAA